AUGUCUGCAUUCCAGGUGCAUCCCACCUGUGGGCGCUGUCUUUCAGGUGGCACCGAAUGCGUCUACGACGAGAGUGCCAGUGUUGCGGCUCAACCAUCCACUUGGCAAACCGCGUCAACUUCGCAUUUCCCAUCUUCAUCGUCGACAAGUUAUGCAAGACCGGAGGAAGGGAGGGGAACAGUACCUCAGAUUGAGCCCACUGCAGAGCCCGUGUCCAGGCCAAACAACCACGAGAGAGGGCAAAUUUCUGUUUAUGAUGGUGGCCGCUCAGCCUACGUGGGCUCAACCUACUGGGCAAAUGCGAUUCCCUAUGAGCUCAACCGUGACAGCGUGCCUACAGUCCUCGGCGAAACAAGCCCUUUCCCCAAAUUUCCUGGUAGGAUGCAGGAGGGAGGAUUCGAGUGGAGCGGACAGAAGUUUCGCCCACCGCGCAAUUGCGGCUUCGAAUGGACCAAGUCCUCGUCGAACAAAUGCAAGUUCUGUGGAAGGAACUACAACAUCUCGUGUGUCAUGGCCCUGUUACCCAGUCGUGAAAUCUGUGAGAAGCUGUGCGGCUUCUUCUCGUCAACCGUCUUUCCUCUGACUCCAAUCUUCCACAUGAAGAGCUUCGCCGAGGAUUUCAGAACAUUCUGGGACGGCAUUCCAUCUGCGAAUGUGCACAAUGCCGAGCCCAGCGUGUUCAUGCGCAAGAAGCCGGGCUUCCUUUCUCUCCUAUCUGCCAUUCUGUUUGCGGCAGUCUUCUCGGCCUCACCAGCCCGUCUUGAGCGGAUCUUUGGCGAGUCCAUCGAACUCAAUCCAGGGGACAUGUACUUCAUUGCCAUGGCCUCGGCGAGCCUGACCGGGUUUCCUCGACGGCCGAGCAUCUACUCUCUGGCCGCUUACAUUAUUGCGCAGAGCCAGUUCGUGAGAGAAGAAGAGUUCUCGGACGCGCCCGAUUUUAUUGCAACCUCGUUCCGCGUUGCGCUCGGCAUGGGCUUACAUCGCCAACUCCCAGAAUCGGGACUGUCGCCCGCCGAGCUGGAGACCAGACGCAGGCUUUGGUGGUAUAUUCUGCACCUGGAUGUCAUGUCUUCAUCUUCUUCUGGGCUGUCACCUCUCUUCAUUAAUCAGAAAAUGGCAAACACCGAUGCGAUAUGUCAAUACGACGUCCAGAGCGACGAUCCGGGUGCUCCUCAGGAUGUUGACGUUCGUUACCUGGUGGCAUCUCGCCGUUACGAAAUCACCAGGGAGAUCAGAAGAGUUCUGGUGCUCCAUUUCGAGGACGCCUUCCAAUCGCUGGACGUGGUCGCAGAUUGUGCCGGCCGCCUUCGCAUGAUAGCUGACCGCACCAGUGCGACUGUCGACACCUUGCUCAAGGCGAGGGCUUCUGCGGAGACGAAAAGCUCUAUAUCCACCACCCCUCGUCCCGCCGACCAGGGGCCUGCUGUGAUGCUAGACUUUGAUCGGGUGUGGACUCUUCGACCAGACCCAAGCGAUAAAGAGGUCGUGGACUUUACCGCUUGGUCUGCCCUUCUCCUGCACCUGAUGGUACACAAGGCGUACUGCGUCCUCUACCAUCCCCUUUUCCGGGAUCCCGCGAUGGUGGCAGACGAAAACAUCCGAACAAAUGCCGUCAAACACGCCCAAGCAUUCAUCCAAGUCUUCAUUCGCGUCUGCAACGAUCCCAUUUCCGAGCCUUUCCACUGGAUGUACCCCGGGACAUACCAACCUCUGCAAGCGGUAUCCCUCCUGCUGGCCGACCUUCUCCAGCACCCGUACAGCGACGACGCGGCUCUGUCUCGGGGGUUGAUCGACGCCAUCUUCGAGCUGUACCAGGUGGACGAGGGCAUCGUCAGCCAGAGCGACCCGCCGCGGCGCCAGCUGUCGCCGUCCGGACGCGACGCGUGGACCAUGCUGGUGCGCACGCGGCGCAAGGCCCUGGAGCUGGUGGGCAUGGACUACCACGUGCUCUUCCCGUCCAACGCGGUGCUGUCGAGCCGGUGCAUCUGCGGCGAAAAGAUCUCGGCGUCCGACCAACACCACCACCAGCAGCAGGACAGUACGAUGCAGUACCAGCCGACACGCCCGGGCGAGGGACAACAGCCACCAAUAACCCCACAGAUCCCGCAGGACAUGCCGGGCGAACAGACGACGCCGGGCCAGAUGCUCUACGACUUCGACUGGCACGCGUGGGACAACGCGCUGGGGCCCUCGAUUGGUCUGAUGCCGUGA